AUGUCAUCCAGCCAACAGCCUGCCUGGUUGAAAACUCUUCUUGCAGAUCAGGGACCUCCACCCAAGUUGUUUGCAUGGACACCCGAAAAUCUCGGUCCGGGUGCAAAAUAUAAUGGCCCUGCUAGCCUUAGACCGAAAAGGGAUGACCUGGAUGAGCGGAUAUACAUCCUCGGAGUCGGCAACAUUGGAAGACUUUAUGCAAGCUAUAUAGCGAGGCAGCCUGUGCCUCCGGGCAUUACCCUCGUGGUUCACAGAAAGGAACUUCUGUCUCAAUGGGUUGAGGGCGAUGGUGUCGAGCUCACUCGUGAUAACACCGUCAUUAAGAACAAGGAUUUCGAUAUUGAGUGGUGGACUCAAACUGCCCCGGACCAUGGCCCUGUACGGGAAGUGGCGGACGGUGAAAAAAUACGCAACCUUUUCAUAUCAACCAAGGCAUCGGCCGCCAUGCCAGAAGCAGAUCGACUCCGAGGAUACUUGGACAGGCACAGCACUGUUGCCUUUGCUCAGAAUGGCAUGUCCAAGCUCUGGCCACCGCACGGCCAAGCAUAUAUUGCCGGUCGAUAUCAGGCAGGCAACGAGCCCAGUUUUCUAGCUUGUAUUGUUCACCAUGGCGUGCUGUCUACAGGUCCCUUCAAGAGCAUUCACACUGCUCCAGCGGACGCAUCCAUUGGUCCGGUACUCCUUAACCCACAACCUCCCCCCAGUGUUGAAUUUUUGACGAGGCGAAUCACUGAUGCGCCGCUGCUGAAUUCCAAGUCCGUCUCGGCCGGCGAGCUUUGGCUGCUUCAACUCGAAAAGCUCGUAAUGAAUGCCGUUAUCAACCCCCUGACGGCACUGCUACGUUGCAAAAACGGUGAGUUAUUUGCAGGCGGCGAGCAUGAUAACCCCCUACGGCAGGUGCUACACAAACUACUGGCGGAAACGAGCGCUGUUCUUCAGGCCCUUGUAAAUCACGACAGCAGUGCCAGUCUCCUAGCCUCGUAUGCGAACCAAAAUCAACCGACCAAUUCAGACCACUCCGUCGAGAACGUCCGCAAGCUGCAGAGAGAGCUAACAGACCGGUUUUCUCUGCCGUGUCUAAAGAAGAAGCUCUAUACAUUUGGUAUCAAGGUUGGUGAAAAUCGAAGCUCUAUGCUUCAAGAUGUGGAGGCGGGAAAACCAACGGAGAUUAGAGAUUUCAAUGGCUGGUUGGUAGACAUUGCAGCUUUCCUCGGCCAGGGCCUGGACGUGUCAACACACCAAGCCCUCAUAGAACUGGUUGAGGCGAAUUCAAUUUUGGAUAAGGAUGCCCUGGUAAAGAGACUUCUCUAA